AUGUCGCGUCAUUGGCGUUUGCUGUAUUUAGUGCUGUUCCACGUCACAGUAAGGUUACGCCUAUCAUCGCAGCAGGCUGUGGUACAAGAUGGUGCUACUGCCCAGAACACUGUUGUCGAGAGUCCCGCGGUGACCGAGCCGCCGAAAACGAAAGAGUCGGGAGGUGAAAAAUUAAAACCCAUUACUAUAUCAGCUGCUAUCAGGGACACGGGCCAUGUUGAAACCGGAGGCGCCGUAAGCGGCUCAUCCAACGUGAAACGAGAUGCGCCUGUAGUGACCGCCGUUCCUCCAAAAGUUGAAUCUGCGGCUGCCGCUGCUAACACAGACCCCGUGAAGGGACAACCGGUAACAGUGUCAAGGGAUGGAGUUAAGGUAUCUGGCGAUGAAAAAAAGGAAGAUGGUAUAUUGAGUAGUUUCAUAAAUUGGACUAGGGAUAUAAUACAGACCGACUUUAACUUCCUUAUCAGUUCGGGAACUGUAAUGUCAUCAUUGAUGACUCAACUGAUACCUUUACAUACCAUAAUGACCAUUCGGUGGAACAAGUCUACAGGUAAUCUAAAAACUCUGAACUUUGUUACUGUGGCUUUUGCCAACUUCCUCUGGUCGCUAUAUGGGAUCUUGUCGUCGAAUACAAUCAUCAUACUGUCGAGCCUACCGGGUUUUUUUCUAAACUGUUGCUACAUUCUGGUUUUUCAUCGGUACUGUCAGGAUGCGCAUCAGCUGCACAUUUUGCAUAUUUUUUACAAGGUUUCCGGUGCUUGCUGUAUCAUAUUGAUGCUUCUAUAUGUUGGUAUUGAAGGUGCUUCGUAUCUCAACUUCAUUGGACUCUUUGGUGGUUCAAUUCAGGCAUUCUCGUAUAUCGCACCUUUGUUCUCGAUUCGUGAGAUAAUGAAACACCGGAGCACAUCGGCACUGCCAACAGAGAUCUCACUGGCAAAUUUCAUCGGAUCGUUCUUCACUCUAUGUUACGGUUUCAUCAUAUGGGAUUAUAUCGUCAUCGCCCCCAAUUUCAUCGGUAUGAUUUCGGGGAUGAUACAAAUUAUACUGCUCAUACUGAUCCCUAACAACGAGAAGCUUGUGGUUGCUGAGGUUGAGAUAUUGGAGAAGCAGCACUUUAAGCCAAUUCUCAAACCUUACAUGGACAUAUAG